CAGUGCGCUGUGGUGUGCGGUGCGUGGCGGUGGUGCGUGUGCUCGCGGCUGUGAUGUGUCGCCUCGCGCAUGCGCCGCAGCGGCGCGGGUGGGGGCCCCGUCAGCGGGGGUUCCCGUGAAUGAAGCCCGCCCUUCGCCUCGUCAAUGGACUGACUCUCUCCUCUCUCGACACACACACAUAUAUAUUUGGUUGUUCUUCCGGAAGGGGGGAGAGAAGAAGAAGGCAACUCGACGGAAGGCACGCACUGCUUAUCUCCAGGUGAGGGAGCCGUGUUUACCAUCUCCCAGAUACCACGGGAUUGUUUGGAGACAUUGGGAAUAGGGAAACGCACUUCUUCGCCCUUCUCUCGCGCCGGGAGCGAAGCCUUCCGCGGAGAGUGGUUCUGUCCGCCGCGUGUUUGAAUAGUGUCUUCGCGCGGUCCUCGCAGGGGGAGGGGGAAUAAACGCACUAGGUGGUCGUAAAAACAGACAAGCGCCCGCGGGUUCGCGGCAAGUUAGUGUUUGAGUGCUAAGUGAGAGUGGAGGCUCGCUGCGAGCCGAGAGGUAAUAGUAAAAAAGUAUUAAGGACGUAAUCGCGGGCCGACGAUAUUGUUUACUUUGCCGGCUGUGCGUGUGUUUGUGCGUGUGUUGCGUCGCUCGCCGAGGAUCAUGGCUCCGGCUCGGCGAGGCUGAGAUCUUCGAGGGAUAGCAUCUCUCCGGACCAAUCAGGCGCGCAGGCCGCAGCUGCGCCGGGACGCCAGGGCGCCGGCCCGCCCCCCAGAUGCGCCUCCACGCCGCAGCAGCCCCGCCACGUCCGAGCGGCGACUAUGCGCGCUGACCCAGGCGCCCAGGCGGUGCUCGUCGCGGUGCUCUCGCUGGCCGCCAUCUUGUCUCGCGCAUGCGCUUUGGGCGACAACUCGAGGGCCGCACGGCGCGCAGGACAUGGAAGAGACCCCUUCGACGUGGGCCCGGAGCGGCUGUCGCACCGCGAGAUGCAGCUGCUGCUGCGGCGGGAAGGCGGCGACGAGGGCCGCGGCGUGGACUGCUGCCCCUCCGUGCUGGAGAUGGUCGAGCCGGAGGGCGGCAAGAACGCCCAGGACAUGUACGUGCUGCUGUUCCGCGACGGCGACAAGCGGCAGCGCUUCUACGAGCUGUCCUGCCGCAAGGACGUGGAAGGCAGGCCGUGCCGCUUCAUGGACCGGCGGCUGCACAACCAGUCGCGCUGCGUGCAGAAGUACUCCUACUCGUACGCCAUCGUGCAGGACCCGGAGACGUCCCACGCGCACCACCACCGCCACGGCGACCAGAACCUCUCCAAGAGCUUCCCGUCCUUCUCGUCGGCGGCGGGCGGCUCCAGCUGGAUGCUCGACUACAUCCGCAUCCGCAGCGGCUGCAGCUGCGAGGUGUCGCCCAAGCCGAAGAAGAAGCGCGCGGCCGGCAAGAGCAAGAAGGCGCGCGGCAAGAGACUCGGCGACGACUCCGCGUGAGAGCGCGUCCUGAGCCGGCGUCACUCCGCCACGCGAACUCGGUCGGCUGCAGCGAGUGUUCCCAACUACCUGGAGAUAUACCUCACACGGCACACGCACCUCUUGCACGAGUUUCACACUGUAACAUCUUGGCUGUGUUACAAUGCUAAGUUCCAGUUAUGUUUCAGACAUGUUACAGCAUUCAAUUCCAGUUAGGUUUCUGAAAUGUUGCAAUAUUAAAUUCCAACUAUGAUUCAGAAAUGUUACAAAAUUCCAUUUCAGUUACGUUUCAGAACUGCUACAACAUUAAAAUCCAGUUAUGUUUCAAAAAUUCCAAUGUUAAAUUUCAGUUAUGAUUCAAAAAAAUUACAUCAAAUUCUAUUUGUGUUUCAGAAAUCUCACAGUGUUACAUUUAUGUUAUGUUUCAUAAAUGUUACAUUAUUUUGUUGUAAGGUAUUGACUUUUUAUUUAAUUUUCUUUGAACCAGCUUCGAAGCAUGAUUUUACAUGCAUGGGGGCAAAAUAAAAUCACGUAAAUGUUCACAGUACACACUUGAUAAUGGAAAUUAUAUUUUUGGGAUUUAAUUUAUAACAUUUGCUUUAAUGGUAUGAAACUCAGUGUAAAAUCACUUUAAUUAUUUCCAUUUAUCAUUGUUUUACCCGUACAGCUGUUGUAAAAUCUGCCUCUUUCAUUCCAAGUGUUCCAUUGAUGGUUGUAAAUGAGGAAGAAAUCGAAAGAAACAGCAGCCUAUAUAUCUCUGGGUUGUUGAGUGCUGAACAGACAGUUUCUGGGCAGUUAUUUAUUGUUACGACCUCUUACUCUUCCGCCAACGCGCUAUGUAUCCUGUAAUUGAAACCCCUUCAUUGUUGUGCUUUAUUAAAAUGCUACUUAACCAUUAGAGUGCAGGCACUUAAUGAAUUACGUUUAAAGUAUUCUGUCGAUGGCACACGAACUACAUGAACUGCGACCUGUUUGGCUGCAUCAUUCUCACAUCCCUAACACCUUCAUCGUAGUGGCUGAAAAGAUGACAGGGUAAAAUACAAUGACUUAGUUAGUAAAAUAUAAUUCUGAUAAUAAUUUAUGGGACAAAUGAACCACACAAAGCUAUUUAAUAGAUUAUAAAUUAACAUUUUUUCAGUAAUUUUUUAUGAUGAUUUUUGUAAUAAUGUUUUUUAUUCACUUGUACAUUGUUUCUUUCUAAUCUUUCUGUGUAUUAACUACUGUAUAUGAGUGAGUGUCAGUAGCUUUGUACAGUGCCUAUAUUGUAUUGUUAAAUUAGCAUGGUGCUCAAACUUUUAUUUAUAAAUUUUAUUUUUUUUUGCUAAUAUAGUUUCACUUUGAUAAACAAAAGGAACUCUGAAAUCUACGUAUGUGAUAGAUAAAUGCAGGUUGCUCUGUAACUGGUUUCCUCAGAACAUGUUUUUAUUAUUAUUUAUUGUUCCUCAUAUAGUUAUUCAAUUAAAUUUGCCAAAAUUAAUGCAAUCUAUUACAAUGAUCAAACUUUAUGUUUAAUAGUAUUAAAUCAGUAUAAUACAAUGAAUAUAAAUCAUAAAUGUGUGAGCAAACAUUAAAAAAUAUGGUUUUAUUUAACCCUGAAA